AUGUCCAACCUUGUGGAAGACUAUAAUAAAUACAACGCCAAGAUUUAUGGGUGCAAAGCUCCUAGGCCUCCUAAAAGCUCGAAGAUCUGGAAGCCACCCCCGCAAGGUUGCAUCAAGAUCAACUAUGAUGCAGCCCUGAACAUUGAUGGCUGGGUGGGUCUUGGCGCCGUAGCUCGCAACCAACUGGGAGAGGUCCUUUUUGCUGGUGUUCGAAGGUAUAAAGCUCAGUGGACCCCUGAAUUGGCAGAGUGCAAAGCAGCAAUAUUUGCAGUCUGGUUGGCGAAGCAAUUUGGCCUCAGAAAUGUCAUCCUAGAAUCUGAUAAUAGCACAGUUAUAUCCAGGCUUCGAAGGCUUCCACCUAUCUCUUGGACUUGGACUCCUUGCUUGACGAUGUCUUAG